AUCCCACAAUCCUCUGGCUGCAUAUAUCCGGUUUCUCUAGCUCAGUUGUAGGUGGUGUUUCCAUCAGUUGCGUACCCAUAUCCUGUGGCCGUAGGUAUAGGAGAGUUUCCUUCUGUUCACGUUUUCGGGGUUCAUCUUUGAAGUCAGUCAAGUUCGGGAGUCACUUCGUCAGCCGUGAAAAUGUCGGUACCAAGCGCACUCAUGAAACAACCGCCCAUUCAAUCUACGGCUGGGGCCGUCCCAGUUCGCAAUGAAAAAGGUGAGAUUUCCAUGGAGAAAGUGAAGGUAAAACGUUAUGUGUCCGGAAAGAGGCCAGACUAUGCUCCAAUGGAAUCCUCAGAUGAGGAAGAUGAAGAAUUUCAGUUCAUUAAGAAAGCCAAAGAACAAGAAGCAGAGCCUGAGGAACAGGAGGAGGAUUCAUCUAGUGACCCUCGACUGCGGCGUUUGCAGAACCGUAUUAGUGAAGAUGUGGAAGAGAGAUUGGCUCGACAUCGGAAAAUAGUGGAGCCUGAAGUGGUAGGAGAAAGUGAUUCAGAAGUAGAAGGAGAUGCUUGGCGCAUGGAACGAGAAGACAGUAGUGAAGAGGAAGAGGAAGAAAUUGAUGAUGAGGAAAUAGAGCGGCGCCGUGGCAUGAUGCGUCAGCGAGCACAGGAAAGAAAAAAUGAAGAAAUGGAAGUCAUGGAGGUAGAAGAUGAAGGACAUUCUGGGGAGGAGUCAGAAUCAGAAUCUGAGUAUGAAGAGUACACAGACAGUGAAGAUGAGAUGGAGCCUCGCCUUAAGCCGGUCUUCAUUAGGAAAAAGGACCGAGUAACAGUUCAAGAACGCGAGGCUGAAGCACUGAAACAGAAGGAGCUGGAACAGGAGGCAAAACGCAUGGCUGAGGAGAGGCGCAAAUAUACGCUAAAGAUUGUAGAAGAAGAGACCAAAAAAGAGCUGGAGGAAAACAAACGGUCCCUGGCUGCACUAGAUGCACUGAAUACUGAUGAUGAAAAUGAUGAGGAGGAGUAUGAGGCAUGGAAGGUUCGAGAGCUGAAAAGAAUCAAGAGGGACAGAGAAGAUAGAGAAGCGCUUGAGAAAGAGAAAGCUGAAAUUGAGCGCAUGCGAAACCUCACUGAGGAAGAAAGGCGAGCUGAGCUUCGAGCAAAUGGCAAAGUCAUUACAAACAAAGCUGUUAAGGGCAAAUAUAAGUUCUUACAGAAAUAUUAUCACCGUGGUGCCUUCUUCAUGGAUGAGGAUGAAGAAGUUUACAAGAGAGAUUUCAGCGCACCUACCCUGGAAGAUCAUUUCAAUAAAACCAUUCUUCCAAAAGUCAUGCAGGUCAAGAACUUUGGGCGUUCUGGUCGUACCAAAUACACCCACCUUGUGGAUCAAGAUACCACCUCCUUUGACUCAGCAUGGGGCCAAGAGAGUGCACAGAACACAAAGUUCUUUAAACAGAAGGCAGCUGGAGUACGAGAUGUAUUUGAACGGCCAUCUGCCAAGAAGCGGAAAACUACUUAAAAGUUCAACUUAUUUAAUUCUUCUAGCUGUGGGACACACGGGGAGGCCUCAGCAUCUGAUCCUUGAUUUGCUUUUUCCGUGAUUUGCAAGGCCCUUGUAUCCAGCCUCUUGGACCUACUGCCAUACUCGUGACACUGGGUAUCCAGUCUUUGAGUGUGCUUUGUGAGGUUUGGACUCAUGCUGAGAAACCCACAGAAAAGCACUGUCCAGGUAGGAAUAGAGGAUCCCCACUUAAAACUAUUUUCAAGAAAUCUUAGGUUUCAUCAUUUCUCUGGCUUCCCAAAUAUGGGACUGUUCCAAGUUUCUUUUUCCAACCCAUUAGUUUGGGUGAGAAACAUGGGCAAUAAGUGGACAAUACAUUACCGCUACCUUAUAGGAAAUCUAACUCAUUGAAACCUGUUUUACAUUUUUGGUGGGAGUCAAUUUUUCUAAGUAAACAUACUUUUUGACCCAUUUGUAUGCAAAAGAAAUAUAGCAAAAAGUUUUUUAGUAUGACACUGGAAGUAAAAUAUGCAGGCUAAGCAUCAACCUUUUAACAAAAAGACAGCAGUAACUGUAAGGUGGCAGCUAUUUCACACUUUGAUCAACUUAAUUAAUCAAACCAACUUAGAUAUAGGCUGUGUCCUAAGUAGCACCGAGAUUUAUUGAGAAAAUGCCUAUCUAGGUGUUUCUACACUAUAAACUGCUGUAUAUGGAAAAACUGACCCACAAAAGAGGCACUCCAAGUACCUACUAGUCUUUCUUCUCAGCAUACAUCAAAGGCAUAGUCUCUCCUUGUUGCAGUGUAGUAGCAUCAUGCUAUUUUUAAAUUCAGUUUUCCAUAUGCUGUUUACUGUGUAACUACCAGGCACCAGAGGAGUUAUAGUGAGUAACAGCCAAUAGGGAAAUUAUUUCUAUAUAAAAAUAAGGUUGCCUUUUCACAUCCUUGAAAUGCCCCGUUGAGAAAAUCAUUCAUAAACCCUUAGGUAUCCUAGGAAAUACCAAUUUCAAAAGGCCUGUAAGGUAAUAAACACAUAAAGGUGAACAUAAUUCAUUGCUAUGUGGGGGGGUGAGGGGGGGUACAAUCGAAGAAUUAUCUUAGAGCUAAAAUGAUAAAAUCUUAAGUUGCCAUAAAUGUCCACUCAG